AUGGCUGACAAUAGUGUACUAACAUGUGCUGGGAGGACCAGCUUGGCAGACUCUUCCAUUUUCGAUUCUAAAGUUACUGAAACUUCUAAGGACAACCUACUUAAUGGACCAACUUUGUAUGUUGAAGAAGAAAUGCCUCAGGUUGAAACAAGAGUGGUAUUGGUUCAAGAAGCUGGAAAACAAGAAGAACUUAUAAAAGCCUUAAAGGAAAUUAAAGUGCCCUUUGUAAAGAUGGAAUCAGUAGAAGAAUAUGAAAGUUUGGAUUCUCCAGAAUUUGAAAAUGUAUUUAUAGUCAUGGACUUCCAGGAUCCUGUCUUUACUGAGUUAUACAAGACUGAUUGUAGAGUUAUUGGACCACCAGUAGUAUUAAACUGUGCACAAAAAGGAGAGCCUUUGCCAUUUUCAUGUCGUCCACUCUAUUGUACAAGCAUGAUGAAUCUAGUACUAUGCUUUACUGGAUUCAGGAAGAAAGAAGAACUAGUCAGAUUGGUAACAUUGGUCCAUCACAUGGGUGGAGUUAUUCGAAAAGACUUUAAUUCCAAAGUAACACAUUUGGUGGCAAAUUGUACACAAGGAGAAAAAUUCAGGAUUGCUGUGAGCCUGGGUACUCCAAUUAUGAAGCCAGAAUGGAUUUAUAGAGCUUGGGAAAGGCGGAAUGAACAGGAUUUCUGUGCAUCAGCUGAUGACUUUAGAAAUGAAUUUAAAGUUCCUCCAUUUCAGGAUUGCAUUUUAAGUUUCUUGGGAUUUUCAGAUGAAGAGAAAACCAAUAUGGAAGAAAUGACUGAAAUGCAAGGAGGUUGCUAUUUAGAGGUUGGAGAUGAAAGGUGCACUCACCUUAUAGUUGAAGAGAGUACAGUAAAAGAACUUCCAUUUGAACCUUCAAAGAAACUUUAUGUUGUCAAGCAAGAGUGGUUCUGGGGAAGCAUUCAAAUGGAUGCCCGGGCUGGAGAAACUAUGUAUUUAUAUGAAAAGGCUAAUACACCUGAGCUCAAGAAAUCAGUGUCACUGCUUUCUCUCAGUACUCCAAACAGCAAUCGCAAAAGACGUCGUUUAAAAGAGACGCUUGCUCAGCUUUCAAGAGAGACAGACUUGUCACCUUUCCCUCCCCGUAAGCGCCCAUCAGCUGAACAUUCCCUUUCUAUAGGGUCACUUCUAGAUAUCUCCAACACACCAGAGUCUAGCAUUAACUAUGGAGACACACCUAAAUCUUGUACUAAGUCUUCUAAAAAUUCCACUCCGGUUCCUUCAAAGCAGUCAGCCAGGUGGCAAGUUGCAAAAGAACUCUAUCAGACUGAAAGUAAUUAUGUAAAUAUAUUGGCCACAAUUAUUCAGUUAUUUCAGGUACCUUUGGAAGAAGAAGGACAACGUGGUGGGCCUAUCCUUGCCCCAGAAGAGAUUAAGACUAUUUUUGGUAGUAUCCCAGAUAUUUUUGAUGUGCACACCAAGAUAAAGGAUGAUCUUGAAGACCUUAUUGUUAAUUGGGAUGAAAGCAAAAGCAUUGGUGACAUCUUUCUUAAAUAUGCAAAAGAUUUAGUAAAAACCUACCCUCCUUUUGUUAACUUCUUUGAAAUGAGCAAGGAAACAAUUAUUAAAUGUGAAAAACAGAAACCAAGAUUUCAUGCUUUUCUGAAGAUCAAUCAAGCUAAACCAGAAUGUGGACGGCAAAGCCUUGUUGAACUUCUCAUCCGACCAGUACAGAGGUUACCUAGUGUUGCGUUACUUUUAAAUGAUCUUAAGAAACAUACAGCUGAAGAAAAUCCUGACAAAGACACUCUAGAAAAAGCUAUUGGAUCACUAAAGGAAGUAAUGACGCAUAUUAAUGAGGAUAAGAGAAAAACCGAAGCGCAAAAGCAAAUUUUUGAUGUUGUUUAUGAAGUAGAUGGGUGCCCAGCUAAUCUUUUAUCUUCUCACCGAAGCUUAAUCCAACGAGUUGAAACAAUUUCUCUAGGCGAGCACCCCUGUGACAGAGGAGAACAAGUAACCCUCUUUCUCUUCAAUGAUUGCCUGGAGAUAGCAAGGAAACGCCACAAAGUUAUUGGCACUUUUAGGAGUCCUCAUGGCCAGACCCGACCCCCAGCUUCUCUUAAGCAUAUUCAUCUAAUGCCUCUUUCUCAAAUUAAGAAAGUGCUGGACAUAAGAGAAACAGAAGAUUGCCAUAAUGCUUUUGCUUUGCUCGUGAGGCCACCAACAGAGCAGGCAAAUGUGCUGCUCAGUUUCCAGAUGACAUCAGAGGAACUUCCAAAAGAAAACUGGCUCAAGAUGCUAUGUCGACAUGUAGCCAACACCAUUUGUAAAGCGGAUGCUGAAAAUCUUAUUUACACUGCUGAUCCAGAAACCUUUGAAGUAAAUACAAAAGAUAUGGAUAGUACAUUGAGUAGAGCAUCUAGAGCAAUAAAAAAGACUUCAAAAAGGGUUACAAGAGCAUUCUCUUUCUCCAAAACUCCAAGAAGAGUUCUACGAAGGGCUCUUAUGACAUCCCAAAGUUCAGUGGAGGGAAGAAGUCCUCUUAGCAAUGACAAGCACGUAAUGAGUCGUAUGUCUAGCACAUCAUCAUUAGCAGGUAUCCCAUCGCCUUCCCUUGUCACCCUUCCUUCCUUCUUUGAAAGGAGAAGUCAUACUUUAAGUAGAUCUACAACUCAUUUGAUAUGA